UGGGUCAGUGUGUGUACAACUAGAGUGUGCACCAAAGCAUGGACAGAGGGAGAAGGACCUGAGCACGUUGGGAAGUCACCAAGAGGAAAUCCAAAAAGACAGGAGGACAGUAUCCCUUCACCAACUCUCUAGCAACACAACCAUGGAUUUUGCAAUGGAAUCAACAAAUGCAAGCACCGAAAUGUACCCUGACUAUAAUGACAGUAUCAUCGACUGGGAGAAGCAGGAGAACCAAAGCUACUAUAUACCGGCCAUCUUUUACUCCCUGGUGUUUGCCUUUAGCCUCAGCACCAACAUCCUGGUGCUCAUCAUCAUCCAUCGGUUCGAGAGGCUCACCACAGUGACAAACCUGCUGCUGCUGAACCUGGUGCUGUCCUCUUUGCUCUUCAUCAGCAGUCUGCCCUUCCUGGCUGUGUACAUAUUACUGUCACACUGGCCCUUCGGCAGGCUCAUGUGUAAGCUGGUGGGCAGCGUCUACUACCUGGGCUUCAACAGCUCUGUGCUCUUCCUGGCCCUGAUGACGUUCGACAGACACUUGGCAGUGGUGUACUCAAUCAGCUCAGGGAGGCUGAGGAGCAGGGCUUAUGCUCUGGUCUCCUGUGGGGCUGUGUGGCUGGUCAGUGCCCUGGCCUGUAUUAAACCCAUGAUUCUACAGAAUCUGAUAAUCCAGGAGUUGGACAACAUCGUCUUCUGUCAGGAGAACAAACAGCUGGAGACCUCAGUGCUGCAGGCGGUGGGCUUCUACAUGCAGCUGCUGCUCUUCUUCCUCUUCCCCCUGCUCCUCAUCAUCUAUUGCUACAUGCGCAUCGCCUGCACUGUGCUCUCCUCUCACAUCGGCACCAAGUUUAAGACAGUGCGCCUCAUAUUUGUCAUAGUGCUGUUGUUCUUCACCUGCUGGACCCCCUUUAAUAUAGCCCUGCUGAUGCAUGCACGUGCCUCCACUCCUGAGGAGUAUGAAAAGUGGCGCUCUGUGCUGGUGGUCACUCAGAAGUUCGCCCAUUUGUAUUUUUGCAUCAGUCCCAUCUUCUACACCUUUGUGGGGAAGAAGUUCCAGAACUACUUCCUCAUGUUAGUGGUGAGACGUUUCCCAGGACUGAGGAGACAUGUUUCUAUCAGUCAGAGCAGAACCAACAUGUCCACUAAAUCCACCCCCAAUAGCCUGUAGAUAUAUGUCUGGAAGAGUGUCUGUCAUGAUUAUUUUCAUAAAAUUAAAGCAGUAGGAGACAACUGUACUGAACUGAUUGAUGGCUGACAUGUAUAUGUACAAACCAUUAAAUAUUAUCAUUUACAUACAUAUACACA